UACAAGUGUAUCGGACGCACCUCUCAGUAGUACAAGUAUAUCUGCCGAACCUCUCAGUAGUGCAACUGUAUGUGGCAAACCACUUAGUAGUACAAUUGUAAUGGCGUCACAACUCAGUAGUACAACUAUAUUCGCCGCACCUCUCAGUAGUACAACUGUAUCAGUCGGACCUCCCAGUAGUUCAACUGUAUCAGGUGAACCACUCAGUAGUACAUCUCUACAAGCCGCACCCUUUAUUAGUACAAGUGGACUAGGUGCUAGUGUUACAACACCAACCAUUUCUAUUGCUACCAGUACAAAGUCUUGGAUUACCGAAUUGUCAAAAGACUGUAAAUACACAGGCAAAUCAAUGGCAAAUGCUACAGUAAGACGGUACUACUACUUUCAUUGCCGAGAACAGUUAAUUUCUUACAAAGCAGCACGGCUUGAUCAAAAGCUAUCAAGAUUAAGGAAACAUGCCACUAGACGUGCGCAAAGACGCGGAGCAAUGAUGGAGAAAGAAAAUUAAUGUUGCAGAAAUUCAGGAGAAUCAUUCAAAUAUGAACCGCUUAUCCAUCUUCUCGUCGUUGAUGGCCAUUGUCUUUAUUAAUAGUUCCUCGUUUAGAGGGAUUGCAAUAACUGCAACGGUCAGUGCUACCACUCCAACACCUGGAUAUACUACAGUUGUACCAACUACCACUACGCCAUCUGUACCAGAUGGAAGUAAGAACAACACCAUAAGAUUCACCAAGAAACCACCAAACCCACUGGUCGUUGUUAUCGGACAAAACAGCACGAACGUCACCCUGACAUGGGAGUUUGAC